UGAAAGGUUAUACCUUAUAAGUUUUUAAAUUGUGCCAGAGGUUAGAGGCAUGUUCUCUUUGUAUGAGAAUUAUUGUAGAUUUAUAUAGACUUAAAAUGUAACAAAAUUUAAGGAUUCUUUAUCGAGUUGUGAACAAUUACGUAGUCUCAAACGAUAAAAAAAAGAAAAUGAAGCUAGUCAAACCGAAUUGGGUUACUCAUGAUGGAUAUCCAAUAUUUUCCAUUGAUAUACAUCCUGAUGGGAGAAGAUUUGCAACUGGUGGUCAAGGUGGUGAUUCUGGAAGAGUUGUUAUAUGGAACAUGGUACCAGUAAUUGAUGAGACUGCUGAAUUGGAUUCUAAUGUUCCAAAAAUGCUUUGCCAAUUAGAUAAUCAUUUAGCCUGUGUAAAUUGUGUGAGGUGGAGCAACAGUGGAUUAUUGGCAUCAGGUGGUGUAGAUAAACUUAUUAUGAUUUGGAGAUUAUCAGGAUCAGGUGGAAGUUCAAUUUUUGGUGGAAAAGCCAGUGUGGAAGCUUGGAGAUGCAUUGCAACUUUACGUUCGCAUGAAGCUGAUGUGUUAGAUCUUGCAUGGGCACCACACAGUCCAUGGCUAGCUUCAGCUUCGGUGGAUAACAGUGUAAUAGUAUGGGAUGCUUCAAAAUUUCCUGCAGUUGUUGCUGUAUUAAAAGGUCACACAGGUUUUGUAAAAGGGAUUACUUGGGAUCCUGUGGGAAAAUAUUUAGCGUCUCAAUCUGACGACAAAACAUUGAGGGUGUGGCAUACUACGGAUUGGACAGAAGCAGCAUUGAUAUCUGAACCUUUUGAUGAAUGUGGUGGAACGACUCACGUCCUAAGACUUUCUUGGAGUCCAGAUGGUCAGUAUUUAGUAUCUGCCCAUGCAAUGAAUGGAGGAGGACCUACAGCACAAAUAAUAGAAAGAGAUGGUUGGACACAAGAUAAAGAUUUUGUUGGACAUAGGAAAGCAGUAACUUGUGUUAGAUUUAAUGGUAAUAUUCUGCAGAAGAAACAGCCAGGUUCCUCCAAACCACAGCAAUAUUGCUGUGUUGCAAUAGGAUCACGAGAUCGUUCUUUAUCUGUAUGGUUAACAUCAUUGAAAAGACCUUUGGUUGUAAUACAUGAGUUGUUUACACAUUCUGUGUUAGAUGCUAGUUGGUCACCGUGUGGUCUUCGCCUUACUGCAUGUUCUUGGGAUGGAACUGCUGUGUUUAUUGAAUUUACUCAACAGGAAUUAGGACAACCUCUUGAUCCUGCUGAACAAAGUAGCCUUCAUGAACGAUUGUAUGGUAAACCAUUAGUUCAGGGAAGUUGUAUGGUGAUGGAAGCACCAGAACUUCUUAAUUUGAAACCACCGGUAUCAAAUCAAUCUCUUCAAAUGCCAUCUGCUCCAAGCAUUCCACCGACCACUAAUAGUUCAACUACUUUGGUUAAGGGACCUAUUAAUAAACAAAUUGAAACGAGGACUUCGGAUGGUAAAAGAAGAAUUACACCUAUGUUUAUUCCACCACCAGCAGAUACAACAGACACAAAUAUCAGCAGCAGUUUAGGCACACAGACAUUCACAAGCAAAGUACAAACAAAAAGUUUAAUUGUGAUAGAGAAACGCAACGAUGUUGUCGCGCCCAAUGUUACUUCGUCAUCAGUAAAAUCAGCCGCUGUUGAUGUUCCGGCAGUUUCCCUUACAUUGAAACGCAAGGAGCAAACAACGCCGAAAAUACAUCACUCUUCACCGAAUAAAAAACCUAAAUUUGUGUCUGAAAAGACUGGAGGUCAAAUGUUACUUCCUCCGCUGAAGCCAUCCAGCUCAUUGUCUCAGCAGGCAGGUCAUUAUGCCGUGACGGUCACUAAUAGUCAGGGCUUAGCUCAUUUGCAAGUAUUCAGAGGCACAGAUUCUGAAUCGACGUGGGAUCUUUACUUAGGAUAUAGUGCUGUAGCGUUAGCGGCAUCACCGGCUGUAAUAGCCUUGGGUUUGGAAGAUGGAAGUCUUCACACAUUUCAUCCUGUGAAAGGAUCCCGACCUGCACCACCAUUAGCACCGCCAGCACCAUUGGCAAAACUUCAUGCUGUUGGAAACGCGGUGAUGGUGAUAUCAAGCUGUGGUGCAGUUCGUGUGUGGGAAAUAGGGAAUACAUGUAGAAUGAUUGUUUCAACUUCAGCCGCUCAUUUGGCUGCGCCUGGAACAUCUUUACUGUCGUGCACUUUAUACAAUGGAAUGCCUCAUAUAGCAUUUACUAAUGCACGAGCAUAUAUAUAUCAUAAAGACAUGGGAACAUGGCUAUUAAUUGGAGAUAGCCAAGAUCCUGUAUGGCGAUGGUCGUCAUUCAAUGUACUGAGCACAUCUGGAAAUAGAGCUCCUAGGGGACCUUUAUCAUCACUGCAAGAAGGAUUACUCAGAACUGCAGGCAAUACUUUGCCAAAUCCACGAUUACCACAUAGUGCACCAAGUGUGGUUUCUUAUUUAGAACAACAAUUACUCGCAUCUAAAGCUCUUGGAAGUGCACAAGAAUAUGUUUAUUGGCUCAUGGCCUUAGUGUCAUUUUUAUUAACGCAAGAUGGUUUGGAGAAACGUCUAAGAUUAAUUUUGGACGACCUUUUGGGCCCAAGUCACACAUCAGCUUCUAAAAGCAUGUGGGAACCUGUAAUUUUGGGAAUAAAAAAGCAUAAACUUUUGGGUGAUGUAUUAGCCAUAAUUGGUAGUCAUCUUCGUUGGCAAAGGUUAUACCUCGAAUAUUCGGAGCAAUUAACGACACUGAAGAAUCAAAACCAAAUUAAUUAAUUGGAAAUUCACUCAUUGCAAUGCAAAUUUGUUAUUUGAAAACCAAUUCAUUUUACUUUUAGGUAGUACACAUUGUAUAUUUUUAAAGAUAUUAUUAGGAUGUAUAAGACUGUACAGUUUUUAUAACAUUUGCAGUUUGACAUACCACAUUUGAGGUAUAAAUGUAUUAUAAGGAAUAAAUAAUAUUUAGUACAAUAGUAUUUAUCACACUUGAAAAAACCCGAUUUUGUAAUGUAAUUGUAAAUCCCAUUUUCGCAAUGAAUGAAAUAUUUCAGGAAAGUGAAUAUGGAUAAUGAUGGUAGAAGUUAAUAAAUUCUUAUAUAUUAUAUACACAUGCACGCUCAUGUUUGUGUAUGUAUACCAAAUAUUCCAAAAGCACUGAAUAUUUUUUUAAUAACAAUUUUUUUCGCCAAUUUAGGGAUAACUUUUCCUGCAUGAAAAUGUCGAGGCAUCAAUAAAUUCCGAUUAUAAGCGAUUGAAGAAAAAAAGGCCCUUUAUUAACUAUAAAUUUUGUGUGGAGUUAAAAGAUUAACACACGACGUCAUUCUUUAUUUAACUUUAAGUUUAUUUUAAUAGAGAGAGGGGAGGGGAAUUUUAAUUAAAAAUUUAUAUAAUUAUAAAGAUGUAUGAUUUAUGGCAAGAAUAGGAAGUUUGCAAAAAAUGAUGACUCCAUAUUUUCAUUAAGAAAAAAAAUUAUUCCCAUAUUAGCCAGAAAAUUUGUUAUUAAAAGGACAUUUGGAGAUUUAGUACAUCUCACACACAUGUGAAGUGUUUAAGGUUUAAACAUUUAAAUGUCCUAAUUUAUAAUGAAAAUUAAAAUUCCAAAAUAAAUAAACUAGCAUAACUAGUGAACAUUAAAAGCUAUUUAAUCUUCAAAGAUGAAUUAAUUAAAUGCGCUUAUUCUGUGCGUUGUCAGUAUUAUUUUUAUCGUUAAUAUAUAUAUUUACAAAUA